AUGGCACUCAACAUAUUAUGUCGUCCAAAGAUAAAAAAUAAUUUAAAAAAAAAACACUGUUUUCGUUUUGUUUCCAGGCACAGUUGUUGUGACCCCGCUCCGACCGUGCUCUCGGGCGCCGGCAUAUGUCUGAUAGUAUUGGGCUAUACGAUGUUCGGAGCUUUCACGUUCAUGACGUUGGAAAACGGCGGCCGGGACAGCGUGCAAUCGAUCCGGGGCGGUCAGCAGCAGCACCCACAGCCCCAGCCACAGACCCAGCAACAGCAGCAACAGCAACAGCAGCACAGCCAACCGCAGCAGCAUCAGCAACAGCAACAGCAACAGCAGCACCAGCAGCAGUCGCAGUACCAGCUGGCCAGGAACGACAAGCUCAGGGCGCAGACGGUCGAGAAGCUGUGGAAGAUCACCGAAGACCUGAACAUCCUAUACCGGGACAACUGGACCAGGCUGGCCGAAGAGGAGAUCCUCAAGUUCCAGGACUCGUUGAUCAGGAAAUACGGGGGUCCCAACCAGACCGACCGAAGGCACCGGUGGAACUUCGCGUCGUCGUUCCUGUAUUCGUUGACGUUGAUCACCACUAUCGGUAAGUCCAAUAUCGUGUGCCAUAAAAACCAUGAAAAAAAUAUUUAG